AUGGGUAGUCAGUGCAGCGACUGCAAAUGUCCAAAUCCGAAUGAGCCCGCUGUUGUGCAAUUGGGUCGCGCCCUCCCGAGCGACUAUGUGGCGAAGGUGAUUUCAGACUUUGCCCCAUCUGAGGGACCUGUUGUGGAGAAGGUGAUCUCAGAGGUCCUCGCGUUGGAUGGAUCCAUAGACCUGGAAGAUCCUGAAGAGCUUGCAGUCGACCUUGGAAGCACAGACCCUGCGAACCAUUCCUGCCAUGCAGAUGGAGCUUCUGUUGCUUCGAGAUCUCCAGAUUUAGCUUCAGAUGAUGUUGUCGUCAUUGUUGUUGUCGUUGUCAUGGCACCAAUUUUCCGUUCUUCAAACAUCACGCAUCAUUGA